CAGAGGCUGGAGCUCUCUGCACGCAGCUCUCUGCUGGAGCAGCAGCAGCUUUCAUGUUUCUCCUGUAUCUCUGGACACUGAAGACUUUGAAAGGUUCUCACCAAAGCUUCAGCCAGCGCAUCGGGACCAUCACACUCCCAGGGAAAACACUGGACUGGUUUUCAGGCACUUAUGCCAUCAUGACCGCAAGGACCCAAAGACCUGCAGGGAAGGAGGAACACAUAAUGAACAAACCGACAGAGGUGGUGCUGAGGGUGCGGAGAGCUCUGUGGCUGCUACUGAGCAUGCUCAGUCUGUCUCUGGCGCUGGUGGUGCUGGGAGCCUACACAACAACGCGCACAGAGAGCCUGAAUGUGACUGGCUACAUCUCAGGAGUUGUUCUGACUCUUGGUUCUUUCCUGGGGCUUUUAGGACUCCUCCUAGAAGAGAACGGCAAGCAAUUGAUGACGGCUGCCAUUGUAUUCCUCAGCUUCGGGAUCAUCGCCUCUUUCCUGUGCCUGAUGAUUGAUGGAGUCGGUAUCCUCUUAAACAUGGACGUGCGUCCCCUGAAAGCAGGGCGGUGUCAGUAUUACAGCAGCGGCAGCAGCAGCUACAUCUAUGAGAACUUCUACACUACGGUGCCAUGUUGGAGUCUGAGGGAGUCCUGUACCAUGACUGUACGAAGCGGGACCUGUUACUGCUGUGACCUUUACAACUGCGCCAAUGGAGACUAUAUGAACAAUUACUUUGAGUUUGUUGGAGUGCAAAGCUGUGAGGAAGUUUUCACCCUGUACAUUUUAAUCUGGACCCUCACCGGCGUGAACCUGGUGGCCUUUUUCACAGGGAUACUGACCGCUGCCGUGCUGGGAAACAUCAAGCACUUGAGGAGCACCAACCCGAUGACUGCUGCCGUUCACAGCACAGCAUCUUGCCCUACAGCUCCCCUGCUGACGGACGGCAACACACACACUCAGCAGCUUCUUCCUAGGAUGUCAGAGUUUUUCCCACCUGGAGAACGGAGUGCCUCAGCCGUGCUCUCAGAGUCCAACCCGCCUUCCUUCAACCCGCUGACCACCCUGCCGGAGCCUCUCUGCAUGAGCCGCAGCGUCACGCCGAAAACACAUCAAGAGGAUGGAGGGAAAGAGAACUGAAAUCCAACACAGAGUGCUAACAAUGUACAGGUUCCAAAAUAUUCACCUUUGGAGGUGGUAAUGGGUGAUAAUCUGCAUAUUUUAUACCAGAUGCAAUUAAAGAAAAUGUGCUGUCUCAGCAAAAGUACAGAAAUAACUUUUAAUGUAACAAGAUUUUUCUUGGCAUUUUAACAUCCUGUUGUUGACACACUCUGCCUUGAAAAAGUACUUAUGUCACAUUUUGUCAUGCUAUAAACUCGAACAGCAGACAAACAGGGCUUCUGAAAAGUGUGGUGCGCACUUCUCAGUAAGUCUGUAUUAAUUUACAACUAAUACUUUGUAAAGCAACUUUUUGCCACAAUUAAAGUUGUAAAGGGUUUGGGUGUGUCUCUGUCAGCUUUUCACAACCAUUUUCAAAACUGUCGAGUUAAAAAAAGACAUUUUGCAAAUUAUGUAAAUUCAAUAAGCACUUUUUUAUUGCCACUCUUCUAUAAAAGCUACAGCUCCUCCACAGUAACCAUGGAUCUGAUGGCCACCUCUCUGAUUUGCUCUCUUCUUGCAUGUACGCUUUAGACAGAUAUCCAUGUAUUCUUAAGUUUGCAGUUUUGUCAUAUUGUUUCAAUAUUAAGAUAUUGCCUUGGCUUGUGCUCAACGAUGUUCAACGUUUGGGAAAUCACUGUGUAACCCAACCCCGCUUUAAACAUUUCUGAUGUUUCCCUUGGAGACAAAGUGUGGAAAGUAUCAGAGUCUAUGAGUCGAGCCUCAGUCCAAAUGCAGCAUCAACUGAAGUCAAGAAGUAAUCGGUGUCUCCUCCAAUUUCUUCCAGAAAUUGAAAGAUGAUCACAUUUUAACGUUUUAUGAAUGAAUGUAACAUAAGUCUGACUCCAGGUGUUUAACACGUGUGUGAGCUGCAACUAUGUAAAGCAGAAAAGUAAAAGAUUUGAGUGAAACCAAACAGAA